CGCCUCAAGGCCGACUUUUUUCUUUCUCCGUUUCUUUCUUUCUUUCUCUGUUUCCUUCAGUCAAAGCACAAACAGUUGCAUAGAGAACAAUUCCGCAGAGGACUUUUUAAUUUGUUUAAUCAGAAGAAGCUGCAGCAGACGAAGAAGACGAAGAAAGAAGAAUCGGAUGCCGAUGGAGGUGUCCGUACAUGCAGUUGAGGAGGCGCUUAGCCUUUGGGAUGGCGUGCUGGAGUUGACCAAGUCGGCGCAGGACCAGAACAGUGACGCCGUGCUCUGGGCGAUGCGGCUCAGCGCCAGCCUUAGCUCGGCAGGCGUGACCUUGCCCUCCGUCGAGCUUGCCCACAUCCUCGUCUCCCAUAUCUGCUUUGCCAAUCACGUGCCCAUCACGUGGAAGUUCCUCGAGAGGGCCUUGACCGUCAAGAUCGCUCCCCCUAUGCUUGUUCUCUCUCUCCUCUCCACCAGGGUCAUUCCAAAUCGGCAGCACCAGCCUGGGGCGUAUAGGCUAUAUAUGGAACUCCUCAAGCGACAUGCAUUCUCAUUUACAUCUCAUAUCCACGGUCCCAGUUAUCAAAAGAUCAUGAAAUCCAUUGAUGACGUUCUUCAUCUAUCCCAGAUCUAUGGCCUUCAAGUGGGUGAACCUGGGGUGAUUCUUGUUGAAUUUGUGUUUUCAAUUGUAUGGCAGUUACUUGAUGCAUCUUUGGAUGACGAAGGAUUGCUGGAACUUACCCCGGAAAAGAAGUCUAGAUGGCCUACCAGACCUCAAGAUAUGGAAAUAGACGGUCAUAAUAGCUUUAGUGAGAUGGUAAUAGAGCACAAUGAAGGGCUGCAGAAAGUAAAUACUGCAAUGGCUAUUGAGAUAAUUGCAGAGUUUUUGCAGAAUAAAGUGACUUCACGGAUUCUUUUCUUGGCACGUCGAAACAUGCCAUCACAUUGGGGAGGUUUCAUUCAGCGACUGCAACUGCUCGCAGCAAAAUCAGCAGUCUUGAGGGAUUUAAAACACGUAACUGCACAGACCCUUCUGCAGUUGACAUCUGAUGUGCGUCAAGUUAUGUCUCGAGAAUGCAAAACAAUGUCGGGGCGAGAGUUUCAUGCUGUCAUUGCUUCUGGAUCUCUGACAUCUGCUAACCAAUCUCAGGGAAUUGGUUGGUCUGCACUUUGGCUUCCUAUCGAUCUGUAUCUGGAAGACUCUCUGGAUGGAUCCAACGUGACAGCAAAUAGUUCUGUUGAAGUUCUUUCUGGUUUAGUAAAGACUCUGCAGGCAGUUAAUGGAACCACAUGGCACAAUACAUUUUUAGGCUUAUGGAUUGCAGCUCUACGACUAGUACAAAGGGAGAGAGAUCCAAGUGAGGGUCCUGUCCCUCGCCUUGAUACAUGCUUGUGCCUGUUAUUGUCUAUUACGACACUUGCUGUUGCUAAUAUUAUUGAGGAAGAGGAGUGUGAACUGAUUGAUGAAACCGAGCACAGCCCUACCAAUCAAAGGAAACAAAAACAGGUUCUCGGAAAGCGUCGAAUAGAUUUAAUUACCAGCUUGCAGUUAUUGGGCAAUCAUGAGCACUUGUUGGCUCCCCCUCAGGCUGUUAGUUCAGUAGCCAAUCAGGCUGCUGCCAAAGCAAUAAUGUUUGUUUCAGGCCUUCCAGUCGGUAAUGGAUACUAUGAAUCUAUGAGUGUAAACGACAUGCCCAUGAACUGUUCUGGAAACAUGCGACAUCUAAUUGUUGAGGCUUGUAUUGCAAGGAAUUUACUGGACACAUCAGCAUAUUUCUGGCCAGGCUAUGUUAAUGCACGCUGCAACCAAGUUCCUCGGAAUGUUUCUGGUCAACUGCCUGGUUGGUCAUCACUGAUGAAGGGGUCCCCUCUAACUCCACCAUUGAUCAAUGCUUUGGUUGCCACUCCAGCUUCUAGCUUAGCAGAAAUUGAGAAAGUAUAUGAGAUUGCACUCAGUGGUUCUAAGGAUGAGAAGAUAUCUGCUGCUACCAUUCUAUGUGGGGCAUCUCUGUUUCGUGGUUGGAAUGUACAGGAGCACACCAUUCUCUUUAUCACGGUGUUGCUAUCUCCUUCAGUCCCUGCAGAUUACUCUGGAAGUGAAAGCCAUUUGAUUGACUGUGCUCCAUUUCUGAAUGUCCUUCUUGUCGGAAUAUCAACUGUGGAUUGUGUUCAGAUUUUCUCCUUACAUGGCUUGGUUCCAUUGCUUGCAGGUGCAUUGUUACCCAUCUGUGAGGUUUUUGGGUCUCUACCGAAUGUGUCAUGGACCCUUACAACUGGGGAGGAACUAUCUUGUCACACUGUUUUCUGCAAUGCAUUUACUCUUCUUCUGAAGUUAUGGAGGUUUGAUCAUCCUCCCCUUGAGCAUGUGAUGGGAGAUGCACCACCAGUGGGAUCCCAAAUGAGUCCCGAGUACAUCUUAUUGGUUCGGAACUUACGAUUAUCAUCGUUUGGAAAAUUACCCAGGGAUCGGAUGAAAACCAAAAGACUGUCUAAAUUAAUAACAGUUUCUUUAGAGCCUAUAUUCAUGGAUUCCUUUCCAAAAUUAAAACUCUGGUACCGGCAGCAUCAAGAAUGUAUUGCUUCCACCCUAUCUGGUCUUGUACCUGGGACCCCUGUUCAUCAGAUUGUUGAUGCACUCCUGAAUAUGAUGUUCAGAAAAAUGAAUAGAGGUGGUCAGCCUUUGACUCCUACAACGUCAGGAAGCAGUAACUCAUCGGCAUCUGGAGUUCAAGAUGCCUCUAUUAGACUCGAAGUGCCUGCAUGGGAUAUCCUUGAGGCAACUCCAUUUGUGCUUGAUGCUGCUCUUACAGCCUGUGCGCAUGGAAGGCUCUCUCCUCGUGAACUUGCCACAGGACUCAAAGAUCUUGCUGAUUUUCUUCCGGCAACUUUGGCUACCAUUGCAAGCUACUUUUCAGCUGAAGUGACACGAGGCAUAUGGAAGCCAGCUUUUAUGAAUGGAACUGAUUGGCCAAGCCCUGCUGCAAAUUUAUCCAAUACUGAAAAACAGAUUAAGAAAAUUUUAGCUGCCACUGGUGUUGAUGUCCCUAGCCUUGCCGUAGGUGGUAGUUCUCCGGCUUCACUUCCUUUACCCUUGGCUGCCCUAGUAAGCCUCACAAUAACUUAUAAACUUGAUAGAGCAACUGAACGUUUCCUCACCAUGGUUGGCCCGGCUUUGAAUUCCCUUGGUGCUGGUUGCCCCUGGCCAUGCAUGCCCAUCAUAUCCUCAUUGUGGGCCCAGAAGGUAAAGCGUUGGAGUGACUUCCUUGUGUUUUCGGCUUCCGGUACUGUUUUCCACCAUAGCAGUGAUGCUGUUGUCCAGCUCCUUAAGAGCUGCUUCACAUCCACUCUUGGGCUAAGUUCCUCCCACAUUUGCAGCAAUGGUGGGGUCGGUGCCCUUCUUGGUCAUGGCUUUGGUUCUCACUUCUCUGGCGGAAUCUCUCCAGUUGCUCCUGGAAUUCUUUACUUAAGAGUGCAUCGGUCUUUCAGAGACGUUAUGUUCAUGACAGAAGAAAUUGUGUCUCUUCUAAUGCUUUCUGUUAGGGAAAUCGCAAGUGGUGGGUCACCUAGAGAUAAGGUAGAGAAAUUGAAGAAGACCAAGUAUGGGAUGAGAUAUGAGAAGGUUUCUCUUGCUGCUGCAAUGACGCGUGUCAAGCUUGCGGCUUCACUUGGGGCUUCACUAGUUUGGAUAUCAGGUGGAUCAAGUUUGGUUCAGUCUUUGAUCAAGGAAACCCUACCUUCUUGGUUUCUCUCAGUCCAUGGGCUAGGCCAGGAAGGUGGAGAAUCUGGAGGUAUGGUUGCGAUGCUAGGAGGUUAUGCACUUGCAUAUUUUGCAGUCCUUUGUGGAACAUUUGCUUGGGGAGUAGACUCAGAGUUGCCAGCAUCGAGACGACGGCCCAAGAUACUCGGAUGCCACUUAGAAUUUCUUGCAAGUGCACUAGAUGGGAAAAUAUCUCUUGGUUGUGAUUGUGCCACAUGGCAGGCAUAUGUAUCAGGGUUUGUAAGCUUAAUGGUGGCUUGUACACCAAUGUGGGUGCUGGAGAUCAAUGUAGAUGUGUUAAAGAGACUGAGCAAGGGAUUAAGGCAGUGGAAUGAGGAAGAAUUGGCUCUGGCUCUGCUGGGACUUGGAGGGAUAGAUGCAAUGGGUGCUGCAGCUGAAUUGAUUAUUGAAUGCAAGUUUUAAUGGUGGCAUAAGCAAAGCAUGUUGCAAAAAUGCCUGAUAGACUUGAAUAUUUUGUAUCCUUUAUGCUACAGGUAGGGGCAUUGAUGUUUGAAAGAUGCACUAGACUCCAGCAUCCAAUCCAAUUAUUAUGUUCUUUUCUGUUCAA